AUGGCUCGCCGUCCCGCCCGUUGCUACCGCUACUGCAAGAACAAGCCGUACCCCAAGUCGCGCUUCAACCGUGGUGUCCCCGACCCCAAGAUCCGCAUCUUCGAUCUCGGUCGCAAGCGUGCCAACGUCGACGACUUCCCCCUCUGCGUCCACCUGGUCUCCAACGAGUAUGAGCAGCUGAGCUCUGAGGCCCUCGAGGCUGCCCGCAUUUGCGCCAACAAGUUCCUCGUCAAGAACGGUGGCAAGGAGUCGUUCCACCUCCGUGUCCGCGCUCACCCCUUCCACGUCGUCCGUAUCAACAAGAUGUUGUCUUGCGCCGGUGCCGAUAGAUUGCAGACCGGUAUGCGUGGUGCCUUUGGCAAGCCCAACGGCACUGUCGCCCGUGUCAACAUUGGCCAGAUCCUCAUGAGCGUCCGCACCCGUGACUCCAACCGUCACCUUGCUCUCGAGGCCUUCCGCCGUUCGCAGUACAAGUUCCCUGGUCGCCAAAAGAUCAUCGUCUCCAAGAACUGGGGCUUCACCCCUCUUCGCCGUGACGAGUACCUGGAGCGCAAGGCCGCCGGCCGUGUCAAGGUCGACGGUGCCUACGUCCAGUUCCUCAGCAACCACGGUAACCUGAGGCAGAACAUGCGCCGCUUCCCCGAGGCUUUCCAGCAGGAGGCUUAA